AUGAUAACAGCGCUGGCCCCCGAGCCGCUGCUGGCCCCGCUCGCCCGCUUCGCCCCCGCCGCGGGCGGCGGCGCCGCAGGCGCGGCCGACGCGCAACUCGCCGUUGACGCGAUCUGCAGGCUGCUCCUGAAGCUGCUGGUGCACCGCAGCUGCGAAGAGGACGACGAUUAUGGCCCCCAUGAAGAAGCUGCAGACGCGGCGCGCAGGGACGCGCUCCGCUCCCCGAGCGCCUUCGACGCAAUCGGCCCCCUGCUUGCCGCCUCGCGCUCCGCCGCCGACCGCGGCGCCCGCCCCCUGGCGCUGGGCGCCGCGUGCGACGCGAUGCGCGUGCUGGCGGCGCUGAUGCAGCAGGAGAGCCGGGACGCCUUCCGCGAGGAGUGCCCGCCCCCGCCGUCCGGCCCCGCGGCGCGGGUCGCGCGCGAGCACGCCCUGGUGCAGGCCCUUGCUGAGCUGGCGGCGUCGCCCAAAGGGGACGACGGCCGCCUGACGAGGCCCGCGCUGUGCGCCAUCGAGCUGCUGGGGGCGAUGGUGUUCGACGACGGCGAUGCGGAGCGCGCCGUCGCGGACGCCGCGCAGCGUGACGCGGCGCUCGCGCCCGCGCUGGUCGCCGCGAUGAUGUGA